GACUACACAGCAUUUACCUUUGACAUCUCUCGAUACCCCUUUUGCCUUGUUUCCAAACAUUCAAGAUGAACCCCAACACACAGCAAGCCCCAAACGUGCAGGAGAAUGGCUCCCACCGCUUCGAUCCCAACUUCACUGACGCCGUCAUCAAUGCUAUUGGACCCAAUGUGCCAGACAGGACGCGUUUUGUCAUGAGCAGCCUCAUCAGGCAUCUCCAUGACUUUAUCCGCGAAGUUGAGUUGACCAACGACGAGUGGUUUGAGGGUGUACGAUUUGUAAACUCCAUCGGCAAGACAACCACUGCUACGAGAAACGAGGCACAUCGUAUCUCCGAUGUUCUCGGCGUAGAAUCAUUGGUCGACGAGAUCGCACACAAGCACAUCAACGAGUCUGGCGAGACACCUACCUCAUCCACAAUUCUCGGUCCCUUCUGGUCGCCUCACUCCCCAUUCCGCGAGCUCGGCGACACCAUCAUCCGCAACGAACAUCCCGAAGGCCAAACCACUCUUAUGCACGGUGUAGUCAGGGACCUUGAUACCAAAAAGGGCAUCCCCAACGCAGUCAUCGACAUCUGGCAGGCGAGCGCGAACGGAAAGUACGAUUUCCAGGAUCCUGAGAACCAGGAGCCAAACAACUUGAGGGGAAAGUUCACUACAAAUGAGAAGGGCGAGUACUGGUACUACUGCUACAAGCCCACGGCGUACUCACUGCCUACCGAUGGCGCCGCUGGCCAACUCUUCAAGACGCUCGACCGUCACCCAUUCCGUCCCGCCCACAUCCAUCUUAUGGUUUCAGCGGACAACUACAAGCCUUUGAUCACCCAACUCUACCCCCGUGAUGACCAAUGGGUUACCAACGACACAGUCUUCGCGGUCAAGGACGACUUGUUGCUGGACUUCAAGCCGAGCAACGACCCCAAGGCGAAGCUUGACUUGGAAUACAACGUCACUUUGGCUCCAUCAGGAAAGAAGACCAGCAGAUUGGAGGGUAUUCCCAGGCUACCUAACGUGUUUGAUGAGCAAAGCAGGCUGUAGAUGGUUUCUUUUUGGUCAAAAUAUUUAUAGCGAGAUUUUCAAAACUACUUCGAAUUCUUGAGUUGA